AUGAAUCUUAUAACCAAAGUUAGAUUAUCUUUUAGACAACAACCCCAUACAACAUCGUAUCAAAAUUUAGACUAUACUCAAACUAUAGAAGAAAAUGUUAAAAAUGAUAUAGAACCAUUUUACAAAUCAAAAUCACAUUCUCCAACUCCAACAAAGGAAACAUCUAUCAAUCCAGCAAUUACACUUAAAAAUAAUAACGGAAAUUAUCAUCAUUCAAGAAAUUCAUCUAUAACUUUUCCAGGUGGUGAAAUUCCAGAAGAUUUUGGUUUACCACCUAUAAAUAAAUUAAAUGAUGUACAAUAUUUACAAAGAUUUGAAGUUAUACGAUAUCUAGAUGCUUUUAAUAUUUUUUAUGAUAAUAAAACAAAUGAAAACGAAUUAAGGAAUAUUUUAAGAGAAAAUUUGAAGUUGAAAAAGAAAAGCUUCUUAGGAUUUUAA